CACAGCGUCAUCAGCGCUGACGUGGACACGACGUGCGCGGAGCCUCAGCACGUCCCCGCGCACCGUCAUCAGUGACGACGUAAAAGUUCGGUUCUGGAGAAGCUGCUCAGAAUCCACGACCUCGACCCAUCAUGGACGCUUCGGUAUCGUCUCAGCUCGACGGCAGUUUAAAUGACUCCCUGUCAGAUGAGGUGAACCCACAGCAGGAGUCUGUGGCGGAGUCACCCAGCGUGACCGUGGUGCAGCUGACUGACGGUGAGACGCUGGAGGUCCAAAGGUCGAUCCCGGCGCCUCAGACCUCUGUCAUACAGCCACCACAGGUCCACACCGUACAGAUCUCCACGGCAGCAGAGCUGGAGGAGGACGAGACGUCCACCGACGCUCAGAGGAGACGAGAGGUUCUCUCCAGGCGUCCGUCCUACCGAAAAAUCCUCAAUGAGCUUUCGACCGAUUCACCGGCAGUUCCUAAAAUCGAUGAGGAGGAGACGGAGGAGGAGGAGGAGGAGGAGGAGGAGGUGUCGAGUGCAACGUCAGCCUCCAUCUACCAGACCAGCUCAGGACAAUACAUCGCAGUCACUCAAGGGGGGGCCAUCCAGCUGAGCAGCCGGGAUGUCCAGGCCCUUCAGGGGCCUCAGAACCUGACGAUGACGGACUCGGCCUCCUCGCAGCCCGGAGCCACCGUCCUGCAGUGUGCAGCUCAGCCCGGGGACGCUCCUCAGCAGUUCUACAUCCAGGGCGGACAGGUGCUCUUCCAAGCCGCCACCGGAGACAUCCCCGCCUACCAGCUGCGGUCGCCGAACUCGGGCCUGACCCAGAGCAUCGUGAUGGCGGCGUCCCCGGGCAGCAUGCAGAGCCCGCAGCCCCACCGCGCCGAGGAGGUCACCCGCAAGAGGGAGGUCCGGCUGAUGAAAAACAGGGAAGCCGCUCGCGAGUGCCGCAGGAAAAAGAAAGAGUACGUCAAGUGUUUGGAGAACCGCGUGGCCGUGUUGGAAAACCAGAACAAGACCCUGAUUGAAGAGCUGAAGGCACUGAAGGACAUUUACUGCCACAAAGCCGAGUAGCGGCGGCCGCUCGUGGUCACGGGCUGGAGACAGUGGCGUUUUCAAACUGCUGCAGAAAAACAAACAAUCAGAAAAAGAAGAAAAGAAAAAAGACUCUGGAUCAAAAACUGCUCGGACCGCCGUGGCUCCUCCGCUCGGGCCUGGUCUCACGAAUCCAGAAGUGCCGUGAAGGGGGGGGGGGAAUUCAACCAGCUUGUGCUUUGGCAGUUUCGCUCUCGUUCUUAAUCUUGUGCUCUUUUUGCAUGUGAAGACUCAGAGUGUCGCACACACUAGGCUCGCUGUGCCCCGGCUGAGAGCUGACGAGGGGGAACAGGAAGAGGAGGAACAGGUGCUUCCUGGAAAUGCACAAAGAUUUCGAAGAGAAGAACCCUCCUGCAGGUCAGCCAGGUCCGCGACCCGCAGCUUUCUACAAGGGUCAGACCGAGUGCACACAAAAACACAAAAGCUGAUCCACCAGCAGCUCGACCGCGGCCCCCCCCCCCCCCCCCGAUGACGUCAUCUUGUGUAUUCACGCUUCUGUUCUUGGUUGUUUCAUAAAAUUCCUUUAUGCAAAAACACAUGUAGAGAGAAACUCCCCCCAGCGUUUUGUGAUUGAAGUGGAUCCCAUCAAACCUGUUCCCAGUUUGUACAAACACACUCGAUUCGUUUAGGGCUUCAAGCAAAGACAUGUUUGGCUUUUUAAUGCACAGAACUUCAAACACACUUCUCUCAAGCUGAUGUCGGGGGGGUGGGGUGGGGGGGGGGGCAUUAAUGUGAAUCCAAAAGAGUCGUUUUCAUCACUAAAAGCACAGGAAGGACCAAAGUGUCAGUGUGGAUCUGAUUAGAAUUUGUAUUCUAUCCCUUUUAUUUAAAGAAUCUCACUCCACAGGUUUAUAUAUACAUAAAGAUAUAUAUACAUAAAGAUAUAUAUAUAUUCUACAAAGCAAAUGUUACCGGUUAAGAAACAACAAUCAUCGAACCUCAGUUUUGUAAGAGAAACUUCUUAAGAUGAGGAACAGUUGUGCUUCACUCUCACGCAAGCAUGGUUUCUUUUUGUGUGUUUUUUUCAAAUGAUGGAUCUCCGUUGUGGAUUAAAAGUGUAUUUGAUUAUGGCUGGAUAUAAAAAAAUACUCUGUUUAAAGGGUGACGCCAACUUUCUCUUUUGUUUCCGAACUUGUACUUUCAUGGGAUCUCUCCUCUCUGGUGUUUUUUUUGGUGGUUUCCAAAAGACGCUUGUUGUUGAUGCAGUCGCUGAGUGGGUUCCACUGACUCUGGAUCAGCAGUGAUAGAGAGAGAGAGAGAGAGAGAGAGAGUGUAGAAGUUGAAUGACGACAGUGUGAAACUUCCUUUUUACCAAUUAGACGACCCGGCACCGGUUUGUGUUCCGUGUCUUAACUUCUCCACCACAGCAGGAGACCUUAGGACUUCACUUGAUAUCAGUUGUUCUGUACGUAGUUGUUUUAAAUUGUAGUGUUGUCAUCUUUUAUCCCUGUGUACUUCCCUGUUUGAAUUGUAAAAAAAAAAUCAAAACUAUUUUUUCUUUGUCUAAUAAACAUGUUCAAAUGUGA